AUGCAGCCCAAGCCCAAACACCCUCUGAGACGUAUACCGACAUGGCUUGCGCUCACACUAGGGGUUAUCAUUGGCCUUUCUGUGUCCAAGAUGUUUACGUCGGAACGAGCAUCAGUAUGGCGAGGUGGCUCUGCGCCCGUCCUUCCGUCCUCUCGCUCGCCAACGCGACAACCCAUGACGCUUCCCACCCUGCCGCAACGAAGAAGAAUCCUUGACCUCCUCAGCCACCUUUCCCCUCACUACACGAAGGAAUGCACACGGCCUGCGCAAGGCAUGUACAAGGAGCAAGCCGAGCAGCGAUACGCGUCCCUCAUCGGCCAUCAGUCGCCUAACGUCGAUGGGGACUAUGUGCCGUCGUCUCGGCAUUUUGGGCCCGACUCGCACAAGUACUUUUUCGCCAUCAACCUCUACAACUCGUUCGACGUCAUCCCCGACCUCUUUGCGACCCUCUUCCGCGUCGCGGCGGUGCUGGGAUACCACAAUGUGUACGUCUCCAUCUACGAGAACGGUUCGUCGGACCAGACCAAGGCCCUCCUCCGGAUAUUCGACGCGCUCUGCCGCUCCGCUGGUCUCCGAGUGACCAUCCGCACCUCGAUGCGCACCCGCGGAGCAUUCAACCACCGCAUCGAAUACCUCGCCGAGGUCCGCAACGCCGCGUUCGUGCCGCUCCACGAGCUCAGGGAUGCGCAGAACGAGUACUUCGACACCAUCAUCUUCAUGAACGACAUCCUCCCCUGCGUCGACGACCUGCUCGAGCUCAUCUUCCAGUCGCGGCUCAACAACGCAGGCAUCACAUGCGCGGCCGACUACAUGUUCCACGAGGACCUCGGCUCCCCCGUCUUCUACGACAACUGGUCCAUAUUCCAGCACGGGCCCUCCCAGGAGCGCUUCAUGCAGCACCUCCCCGUCCAGGUGCAGUCGUGCUGGAACGGCAUCGCGAUCCUCGACCCCGCGCCGUUCUACUACCCGCCGCACGUCCGCUUCCGGAUGGCGCGCAUCACGGAGAACGAGUGUUCGGCGAGCGAGUGCUCGCUCAUCUGCAACGACUACUGGGAGUCCGGGUACGGGCGCAUCCUGAUGGUGCCCCGGGUGAAGCUCGCGUACGACAACCGCGUGUACAACAUCAUCCACCCCGACCGCCGGAACCUGACCGCGAUCCGCGGCUACGUCCGCCUCGGCGGGCUCCCGGACAACCCCCGCACGGACCCGCAGGACCGCGCGUGGUUCGGCCCCCACGACCGGCUGUUCACCGAGGAGGAGACGGUCCCGUUCGAGUUCAAGCCCGGGCCGUCGCACGUGUGGUGCUGGGGCUGGGACGGCGCCGGCGACCUCGACGGCCCGGACGUGGACCCGAUCUGGGAGCGCAUGCCGAACAAGUCGACGCGGCCCGACGCGGUCAAGGUCCGCCACGACCGCAGCCUGCUCUACGUCUAA